AUGGGUGACUUCAAUACGUGUCUUCUCAAAAAUGAUGUCCGUUCAAAAAAAUUGAAGUCCGUAGUUGACUCAUGUAAUCUUCACAUCUUGCCUUCUAAUCCUACCCAUUUCUUCCCUAAUAGUGCCCCUUCUCUUCUAGAUUUAAAAAUCGUUUCCUCUCCAGAAUACAUAUACAAACACGGGCAGUAUACUGCCGAUGCUUUUUCUUACCACGAUUUGCUGUUUUUGUCAUAUAAAUUACGAUCACCAAAAGUCAAGUCCCGUGUUCUUCUGCUGCGUAAUUUUGCUAGAAUGGACGUCGACCGUCUUAAAAAUGAUGCUGCCAGUAUAAACUGGUCGUUAAUUGAUGAGACAACAGAUGUUGACGAACAAGUGCGUCUUUUAAAUGCCUUUAUAAUGCAACUUUAUGACAAGCAUGCACCUUUACGACCAAUCAAACUUAAGUAUCCGCCUGCUCCUUGGCUCACAAAAGAGAUUAAAGAUUUAAUGACAAGAAGAAACCUAGCCAAAGCCAAAUUUAAAAAGAACCCCUGUAAUAUAAAUCAUGAGAAAUACAGGAUACUUAGGAAUCGCUGCAACACGAUGUGUAGAGAUGCGCAACGACGUCACAUUCACAAGACAAUUGAGGAAUCUGAUCCCAAUAGGGUUUGGAAAUUUCUUAAAAGUUUGGGAAUUGGCAAAAAGCGAAAUGACUCCCUUCCUCCUGAUUUAAACUUUGAAAUGCUUAAUCAAUACUUUUCCUCAAGUUCAAGUUACGUUAACAAUUGUAAAUCUAGGACACUAAAUCACCUUCAUUCUUUGCCAACUCCCGAUUUCCCCGAAUUCGUUUUAUGUCAGGUUGCUGAUUGUGACGUUAAAAAGAAUAUCACAGCUGUAACUUCUAAUGCAAUUGGUAAUGAUAAUGUCAGCCGAAACAUGAUUCUCCCGCUCUUAGAUCUAUUAACUCCUAUCAUAACUAAAAUUUUCAACAAUUCUAUAAAUACAGGAACUUUUCCUACUCUAUGGAAAGAUGCUCAAAUUAUUCCACUACCCAAGAAAUCAAAUCCCAAGUCCUUCUGUGAUUAUCGUCCUAUUUCCAUAUUACCUUUUCUUUCUAAGAUUCUUGAGCGUCUUGUCCAACAGCAACUUAAUCUAUUUCUUAAUCAAAAUAACCUCUUAAAUACAUUCCAAUCAGGCUUUCGUCCUGGCCAUAGCACGGUCACUGCUUUGGUUAAAAUCACAGACGACAUUCGGGCAGGAAUGGAGAAUCGGCAAGUUACUAUUCUUACUCUUCUUGAUUUCAGCAACGCCUUCAACACAGUCGAUUUUGAUAUACUUCUAGCUGUGCUCCGUUCUAUUAACGUAUCUCCAGCGGCAACUGACUGGUUUCGUAGUUACUUGUUUGGACGCCGUCAAUGCAUCCGUAUUGAAGACACUUAUUCCUCGUGGUGUUCUCUGGAUGCAGGCGUACCACAAGGUGGCGUGUUGUCUCCUCUCCUUUUUUCAAUUUUCAUACGCUCUAUCACUUCAGGAAUAACUUCUCUCUACCAUCUUUAUGCAGACGAUCUCCAAAUAUAUUCUCAAACAAGUAUCAAUAAUCUUCCAUCUGCCGUGCUAUCCACAAAUCGUGAUCUCGCUAUUAUUUCAGAAUUUUGCACAUCUUAUGGAAUUAAGGUUAACCCUAGUAAAACGCAGGUAAUAGUGAUAGGUAGCAACAAACUACUACAAAAAAUUACUUGGCAUACGCUGCCUUUCGUUUGUUUUGAAAAUUCUGCUAUUCCUUACAGUAAGGUUGUAAAAAACCUAGGGGUUCUAAUUGACAGUACAAUGUCUUGGGCACCACAAAUUGAACAAAUAAGUAAGAAAAUGUUUGCAGCUUGUGGAAGUCUCAAAAGACUUCGAAAUUUCUUACCCAUUUCUACCAAAAUUGCGUUAGCACAUUCCAUUUUGUUGCCUAUUUUAGACUAUGCUGAUAUAUGCUACACUGAUAUUACCAUGGAGCAAUUAAACAAGCUUGAGCGUCUUCAAAAUCUUUCCAUUCGGUUCAUAUUUGGCUUACGCAAAUAUGACCAUGUAUCCCAAUUUCGAAAACAACUCAAGUGGCUCCCAAUUCACCUUCGCCGGAAUGUUCAUUUACUUUCUUUACUUUUUUGUGUUCUGUUUGAUCCGAAAUCUCCAAGCAAGAGCGAAUUAUUUAUCUCAUGUACCUACGUAACUUCACAACUAUCCCGACCGGGGCGUCGACGUCACUGGAGCGCGUGCCGCGCCGCUAAUUGUGGCAUCACCAAAACGGUCUCCGUUUACCGGCGACCGGGAGACGUACGAAAGCGGAGCAUGAUUCAGAGCGGAGAAAGUGGCCGGCAGGCUGGCGAGCGCGCCGAGCCUCCGCGCCCACGCCGCGCGCGCGCCGCCCGCCGCACUACGCUCGGCGUGCGACGAAGACCGCGCCGCUCGUCGCACGGGGGCGGCGUACCACACGCCCUCGCCGUUCCGCGCGCGCCUCAGUCGAGGAUGUGGCGCUCUCCGCGCGACUCUCACUGCGUGCGAAACCUGUGUUCAUUUAUCAGUAGACGCUCGUGA